AGUCCCGCCACGUUCCCGCCCCCGGAGGCGGCGGUGACAAGAUGGCGGCGGGGCCGGGCGGCGGAGCGAUGCGGCGGGUGCAGCUGGUGUUGGGGCACCUCGCCGGUCCCCCCCCGGGCACCGGCACCGGGCUUCGGGCCGCGCCGUGCGGGAGCCGCGCCGGGAUCUCGCCGCGGGCCGCCAGCCCCGACGAUGUGGUGGUGGUGCAUGGGCGGAGGACCGCCAUCGGUCGCGCUAAGCGUGGCGGCUUCAAGGAUACUACACCUGAUGAACUGCUGUCUGCCGUUAUGACGGCUGUCCUUCAAGAUGUCAAUCUUCGUCCUGAGGUCCUGGGAGACAUUUGUGUGGGAAACGUGCUGCAGCCUGGAGCUGGUGCUUUGAUUGCAAGAGUUGCGCAGUUUCUAAGUGGUAUACCAGAGACGGUGCCAUGCUCGAGUGUGAACCGGCAGUGCUCCUCUGGGCUACAGGCCAUUAUCAAUAUAGCUGGUGGCAUCCGAAAUGGAUCGUAUGACAUCGGCUUGGCCUGUGGUGUGGAAACGAUGUCCCUCAGAAAUGCAAAUAACCCUGGUGAUAUCAGUUCCAGUAUGAUGGAGAACAGCAAAGCUCGAGAUUGCCUUAUUCCUAUGGGAAUAACCUCAGAAAAUGUGGCAGAGAAGUUUGGAGUUUCCCGAAAGAAGCAAGAUGCCUUUGCCUUGGCUUCCCAGCAAAAAGCAGCAAAAGCUCAGCAGAUGGGACUGUUUAAAACUGAGAUCGUUCCAGUGAAGACCACUGUUGUAGACAAUCAGGGCAACCAAAAAACGAUCACUGUGCACCAAGACGAAGGGAUUAGGCCGUCCACAACCCUGGAAGGCUUGGCAAAGCUGAAGCCUGCCUUCAAAGAGGAUGGUAGCACUACAGCAGGUAAUGCCAGCCAGGUCAGUGAUGGAGCAGCUGCUGUUCUCCUGGCAAAACGCUCAAAAGCAGCACAGCUGGGACUCCCAGUCCUGGGCGUGCUCAGGUCCUUUGCUGUGGUCGGAGUCCCACCUGACGUCAUGGGCAUUGGACCAGCGUAUGCAAUCCCUGUAGCUGUGGAGAAGGCGGGUCUGACUCUGAAUGACAUUGAUAUAUAUGAAAUUAAUGAAGCCUUUGCAAGCCAGGCUGUGUACUGUGUUGAAAAGCUGGGCAUUCCCAUGGAGAAGGUCAACCCCCUGGGAGGAGCAAUAGCACUGGGGCACCCACUGGGCUGUACUGGUGCGCGUCAAGUUGUCACUUUGCUCAAUGAAUUGAAGCGCAGAGGGAAGAGAGCGUAUGGUGUUGUAUCAAUGUGCAUUGGAACCGGCAUGGGCGCUGCAGCAGUAUUUGAGUACCCAGGGAACUAAACUCCAGUGUGCUGACGAAACAACGCAACGGCUAAUUCUCUGCCUUGUCUAGUAAUAGCAAGUGAUUCGUGCUGUGAAAUCAAGUGGAUUCAGGGAUUUGUUACUAGAUCUAUAAAUUUUAGGCACAAAUUGCGAAGUAAAAUAAAUCGUACAGAUCUACUGAGCAGAUGGGAAAAUGCAAAACUGGCAUUUGCUUCAGAGUUCAAAAGCGCCCUGACAUGAGAAGAGAAAUUAGUUCAGCUGAAGCUCAGCUACAGGCCCUUGUGUGGUGAUUGUGAAUGACUAUUUCUAAUUUAAUCAAUCCCUUUACUUUGUGAAUUAUCAGAGAGAAGUCGUUCAUGGUACAGGAUUUUUGUAUGACAAAUUGUCUAACAGCAUCGCUCAAAACAAAAACAUCAGUGCACACGAAAAGGCUUUUCCAGGCUUUUCUUAAAAGAUUUCACUGUCUUGCAGGAAGUCUGGAACAGCUUGUUUUGAAAGUGGUGCAAAGACUUCACAUUUCCUUCACAGCAGUGCCUGUCGUAUCCCAGUGGUGAGUUGGCUGUCUCCUCCUUUGUCCCUGUGCCCGAGGAUCUGCUUUUGCUUUCUCCUUUUACCCCGCUGCUCUGAAACCUCCAGUGGGGGAGAGCAGAAGGAUGAGAGAGUGACUGACACAGGAGGUGCCUGAAGAGAAAAGUUCUGCAAUUUCUAGAAGCCGGGAGUUUGAAAGUGGCCGUUCCAUCUCUUACAACAUGUUUCUAAUUAUCAGCUUGUGUAAUGCUAACUUAGAGGACAAGCUUAUGCUUAAUAAUACUUACUUACCUAACACAAAACAAAUUUCAGCAUUACUCUUGCUGCAAGCACUAGAUGAACAUCAGGGACGUCUCACCACUUCAGUGCUAACAGAAAUGUGUAGUUCAUCUUGUAAAGUUCUCCCUUUUCUGUUCUCUCUCCUAUGAGCAGGGAGAUCACUGAAACUCAGAGCUAACGGCUUGAAAAAGAAAUGUACUCAUCAUCUUUGAUAUGUUAGAAAAGUUAAAUUUGUAACACAGACUGAAGUUCUUUGUCCUGCCUCUUGGUUUUUUGCACUUAAUAAUACAAUUGGGUUCUUGCAAUAUAUUUGUUUUAUUUUUAUGAUGAGUAGUAGUUGAAGGUCAUGAUUAGUCAGAGCUAUUUGAUAUUCUCACUUUCCUGUGCUCACUCACCCAGCAAUCACACGUGCUGUGUUUUAGAGCAAAAAUAGGAAAUGAUUUAGAGGGGGCAGGGAGGCACUAGCACAUUCAGGCGUCCUUUUUUCUCCCCGAGGUUCCUGCGUGUGAGAAGAGUUCUCAGUGCAAGUACAAGACUGUUCAACCCAGGCAGAAGGCAGGUGUCGUGCAUCUUUUGUUCCCUACCACUGUGGAUUGCAGCCCUUCCUCCCCACACACACUGCUACUGACAAAAACCUUUUAUAUGAUGGGAGUGGAAAACUUAACAGGCUCAGAAGUGGGAGUUUUAGUGACCUUUAGCUAAAGUAAUACUAAAAACAUUUAAAGAGAAGUGUGAGUAAAUGGGAACCAUGUGGGGGGAAAGAAGAGGAAGAAGGGUUCCUCCCUCUCUAGCUGAAGGGGAUGUUCUCAAUACCCAAGCAUGAUGAAACAUGCAGGUUGGUGAUUUUCCAAGGAGUCCAGGGAAAGUUGGCUCUUCCCCUUUCCACGUAAGGCCCCAAGAAAACAGCCUGGGGAGUGCUGGCCUGUUCACUAAUUCUUGCUUUUAUUAUGUAUCAAUGUCAAUUUUAUUGUCAAGCAAAUAAACAAAAGCUACUUAAGGUAGGAAUUGUAAUUUGAGGCAUACUGGGAUAUGCAAAGGGUUUUUGCCAACUGUUAACGUAGUUGCUUUGCAAUUUAAAACCGAUUAUUUUGCAGAGCCUGGUAAGCUUAUCACAGCAAUAAAAGUAAUAACAGAGAA